CUCAUCCCGUAAUGUGCAGGGUGGAUGCUAUUGAUCCAGCAUUGAGAAGGCCAGGACGUUUUGACUCAGAGAUAGAGGUCUCUGUUCCUCCUGUAGAAGAAAGGGUGCAGAUUCUUGAGCUUCAUACCAAGGAUCUACAUCUUCAUGAAACGGUCGAUCUUCAGACUAUUGCUGGAUACUGCAAUGGUUAUGUUGGAGCUGAUUUACAAGCUCUAUGUCGAGAAGCUGCCAGACUUGCUUAUCGUAGAUUAUCAAACUCAUCUGAGGACAAGGAGAUGGUCACACUACUGAUGGAAGAUUGGGAGUCUGCUAGAUCUGAGGCCAAAGCAAGCAUGAUAAGAGGGGUAACUAAAGAAGCUCCAACUGUUUCAUGGGAUGAUAUAGGAGGUUUGAAAGAUCUAAAGGUGAGAUAUGUUUUAUAUUUUUGUCUGUUUUACAAUAAAGCUGCUGUAAUGGUGAUUGUUUCUAUGCUUCAGAAGAAGCUUCAGUAAGCUGUUGAGUGGCCCAUCAAGCAUGCUGCUGCAUUUGCUAGACUAGGGAUAUCACCAGUUCGUGGUGUGCUUUUGCAUGGUCCUCCAGGGUGCUCAAAGACCACCCUUGCCAAGGCUGCAGCACAUGCUGCCCAAGCUUCUUUC